AUGGCUAUAGAUGUAAAAAAAAUAUGUCGCCUCUGUGCGAAUAAGGAUCAUGUUUUAAAAGAUUUAAGCGAAGAAAAUAAUAAAAAUAUACUGAAAAUUAUACAAGAAUUCAUACAAAUAACCAUAUCUGAAGAUGACACACUUCCUACAAAAAUUUGCCUAAAUUGUGAAGAAAAAAUGAUAUCAUUUCAAUUAUUUGUUUUGGAAUGUUAUAAAGUUCAAGAAAAUUUACAAAAUAUGUGUGCAAAGGAAGAUGAAAAGCUUGAACUUAAGCUAAAUGAUGAUUUAAAUUAUAGAAUAACUAAAAUUAAAUCAGAGGUUAAAGUUGAAAUGGAUGAAAUAGUAGCCACUCUUAAUAAUGAAGCAAGCUACUCUGAUGUUGAUGAUGACAAUAUGGACUAUGAUAAUGACAACAAUGAAUGUGAUAGUGAUACUAGUGAUGGUGUUACACUUGCAUCUUUAAAGGAAACCAAGGUUAAGCAAGCUUCAGGUAUCAAACCAAGAGAAAUGACUGAUAAAGAUAGGGAAGAACUAGAAAAACUUCUUAAGGAUCCAAGAGCCAAACUGAAGAAUUUUGUUAAAAUGUCUUGUGCAGAGUGUCCGAAACGUGUGCACUCAUGGGAAUCGUUGCGUAGUCACUAUUAUACUGUUCACCAGAAAAAAGUGUAUACAUUUUGUAUAUGUGGCUUUGUCUUGACUUCAAAGAGUGCCAUCUACAGGCACGUAGCUGAACAUAAAUCUCGACCACGACGAGGUUCAAGGAAAUCCGCCAAUCGGAAUUCAAUUAAAGUCACAGAUCUAAUUAGGUUUAAUUGUGAAGAAUGUAAUCUAGACUUUUCUAGUUGGUAUAAGUUAAAUACACAUUGUAUGUGGAAGCAUAAAGCGACACCUAUAGUUCAUUGUAGUUGUGGCAUUUCACUUAAUUCAAGAACAGUUAUGUACAAACAUAUUCAGGACCACAAGAGUCCAGAUGCAUUACACUGUGACCAAUGUCCAAAAACAGCGAAAACAAUGGAGGAACUUCAAAGACAUAAGUUAAGGCAUAUACCGAAGUCCGAAAGAACCUUCCCGUGUUCUUCAUGUGAUAAAGUGUUUACAUCAAAAGAUCUAGUCAAAUCCCACGAAAGAUCACAUGUACCGAUAGAGCAGAGGAAAAUAUAUGAAUGUGAUGUUUGUAACGAAAAAUUCACCACUCGUUCAUCGGCAGUAUCUCACAAGCGUAUAGUCCAUGAGAAGAUUAAGAGCUAUGUAUGCGAUCAGUGUGGAUAUGCGUGUGGUACUAAUGGUGAAUUGAGGCAACACCGCGCCAUACAUAGUGACGAUAAACCUUACACAUGUCGGAAGUGUUCUAAAGCCUUCAAAACGUACUCGAAUUUAAAGACACAUAUGGACACACACGAAGAGACAUCGUAUGUAUGCUUCGUAUGCAGUCGCGUACUUAACAGUCGACGGACGCUAAGGAAACAUCUCCUAGUCCACGAUGAGAAGUGUUCGCAUGUCUGCAACUAUUGCAAUAAGGCGUUCAAACGACGACAGACUUUGAAGGUACACCUAGCAAUGCAUACGGGCGAUAAGCCUCUAUCGUGUAAAUGGUGCGAUGAGCGAUUCGCGUACGCGUCUACGUUACGCUCGCAUCGCUUGCGUGCACACCCUGACAAAAUGACAGUUCAAAUGAAUGACUGCUACUCCGUACAGCAAGCAUCUCAGGAAUAUCACAAAACCGAUGCGACUACUUUAAAUGUUCCGAAGAGCGAUUUACAGUAA